AUGCGGUCUUUAUCACCAGCUCUCGCAUCGCUCGCGAAUGUAUUCAAGAUUCCCAUGUCAAUGGCGCCGGUCCGCCCUUCCAUCACCCGGGCAUGCCACGAGACCCUGAACCGCCAAACACAACAGCCCGGUCCGGUCACAGCAGCUCUGCAGUCCGCGCCAUUCUCAACCACAAGUGCCCUCGCCAAGAGAAAGGGAGGUCCCAAUGUCGACAAGCGCAUCACUCUCAUCCGCUACUUCCUUCACCACCCUCUCACCCCGCGUCCCCUCCGCUUCUCCCGUAACCGCUACUUGCGCCACUGGACCAUCCACCGCGCCUGGCAGUUGUUCAAGGCCCAGCAGCGCCGCAAGCAGGAACUUGAGAUGAUGCGCCAGUACCAGAGCAUGCAUGAUGCGUGUGAGGAGCUUCGCACCGGUGCUGGUGAUGGUGGCAAGCUCUUCCGCGUUUCGAUGAACAAGAAGGGUAUCUUCACUGAUAUGUUCCCUAUUGAGUACUCUCGUAUGCAGACCGAGUCUCCCCCUGCUGAUGGGUGGAACCAUGAUUGGAAGAAGCCAGCCAAGUCAGCCAAGAAAUAG